AUGGCUCCCGCCAAUGCUUUCCGCAUCAUUCUCGGCGCACUCGUUUCACUUCACUUGCUCGCAUCGUCGGUGACUGCGCAGAACUGCUACUAUCCAAACGGAGAUCUGUCCAAGGUGGACGCACCCUGUUCUUCCGACGGAGGAAUGUGCUGCGCCGUCGGCUGGGAGUGCCUCAGCAAUGGCCUCUGCUACUUGGAGGCUGAAGACUACACCGAGCGAAGAUCCUGCACAGACCAAAGCUGGGGAGACGACUGCUCUCAGUUCUGUAUCACAGGAGCUUCCGUCAUCGGCAAUGAAGCCAUCCAGCAAUGCUCGGACGGACAUUGGUGCUGUGACGCCGACCGCCAUCAAAGCACACCAUACUGCUGCGACAGCAAAAACGCCUCGCUAGUCAUCGAUGUCCCAGAUGGUCGCCAGAUCGGCUUCAUCUCGAGUCUGUCUCCGCCCUCCUCAACGGCACCCUCAAGCCGUUCCACACGCCAAUCCUCCACCGCCACGAGCGACUCGUCCUCAGCUUCAACUUCAUCACCUCCCUCGACCUCAACAACUCCAACGCCAACGACCAUCACCCGCCUCGACACGACCUCAGACUCCAACGGACAAGCCACGACCAUCACUUCGCUCAUCACCUCCGUGCCAUCACCCACCUCGACGUCAGCCAUCUCACCCUCUUCGAAAGCUUCAUCAUCAUCCGGUCCCAAGACCCUCACGAUCAUCAUCGCUGUCAUCGUCCCCGUCGUGGUACUCUCCCUCCUCGCUCUCGCCUACAUUCUCUACCGCCGACACAAACGCAACAAACCCGCACAACUCGCCCUCGCGCCCCCUGAAAUGGUAAACAUGUACCGCGACCCCGACGCCACGCCCGAACUCAACGGAGACUUCCCCACAACAGGCGCAGGCGGCGGAGCAAUCGACAACAAAAUCGAGCGCAAAAGCGAACUCUACGGCUCCACUCCCGCAGGAGAAGGAGGAAGAGGAGGCUACGCCAUCCACCAACACAGCCCAGCCGUCUCCUCCCUCACCAACUCGAACGGCACGAAUCGCAACAGCGCAGCCACCGAUCCACCGCUCUACAGUCCCGUCUCUGGUAUCCAGCAGUCUCCGCCACUCGGAGGAGCAGGAGUAGGAAACGCAGGCAACACGCCCAUGCUGCCGCAAGUCCAGGAAGAACAGGCGCACGAAUUAUGGGGUGGGGACUGGCCUGGUCGGAUGAUGUAUGCGCCUUCGCCGCCGCCGCAGGUGUUGCAGCCUGGCUAUACGGCGUAUCGAGCGACACUCCCGACGGAGGAUGGACCCAAGGCCAAUCUAGUCGGUGGACAGGGCGGAGAGGUUGCUGGGAAGGGCGAGCCAGUUGGGCAGGGAGACGAGAGUGAAGAGGUGAAGCCGAAGGAUUAUUGA